GCUUAAUUCAACUGCCGAACUGGUCACACUUGAAGAACAAUGCGACAACGACCGAGAUGAGGUCGGCUUUCUCGAAACUUAGGAAAACUUCAAACAUGCCAUUGAUUCGGCCGGCAACAUAACCUCAUUCUUAAUACUUUCACCACACUUGCUCUGUCGUCUUCCAUUUGUCUCACUCUCUAUUGCCUCCCUGUCUGCAUCUCCAUUUGUCUUAAUCAUGCCACCGUUUCUUAUAUCUGAUAGCCAAUCGCCUUUACUCACUCGUUUCUUCAAAAUUUUCGCCAAUAUUACAUUUUUCUUGUUACCCUUUUCUCAAUUUUGCAGUUUCCUCUCCGAUCAUCGGAAGUGCUUUGCUGGAAACCGUUUUAUGUUCCUGUGGAUUUCAUACCAAAAAGCUUCAACCUUUCUAAAUGGCAAUGUCACUGGAGGAUCUUCUUACAGAGGAGGGUUUCAAAAGCAGUAGCUCAAAGAGAAUGACUAGAGCUUCCUCCGGACCCGUAACAUCAAUUCCAACCCACCCGCUUCGUGGUCCUUCAACCCGUUUGAGAAAGACAGAGAGGGCAUAUUCAGAUACCCGUAGAUAUGAUAUGCGUGUUGAAUCUCCCUUAACUGAUAAACUCAAGAGCAGGAGAUCAGUAGAUGUUCUGAAAAGGGAAAAACUAGAUAGAGGUUCAAGGAAUGAAACUAGGGAAAGACAUAUUAGAAGAGGUUCUCAAGACACACGUGAUGUUCCUCGAUACAGUAUCGAUUCAUCACAACCAUUUUCUCUCGAUGAGAUAGUUGAGGUCAAAGAAGGCAAGCAGAAAGUCAAUGACAGAAGACCAGAUAAAGGAAAGUACAAAGAUAUUUAUCUAAAUGGAGUGUUUAGCCCUCCAAUGAGCAAGAAAGAAGAGAAGUAUGAUAACAUGGACAUCUCAGGGAAAGAUGUUCAGAUUGAUAAUGGCUAUGUUAAUCAUCAGAAAGAUGUGAAUCAACCUGGUUCAUCAUCUACCAGAUCAAACAGAAGCACACAAAACAAGGACACUAAGGUUCGAAGACCAGUUGAUAUUGAAUCUGUACACGAAGUAGCUCUUGAUGACAUUGCAAUCAAAGCAAUGACAUCUAUUUUGAGUGGUUACAUUAAAAGUUUUCUCAAAGAUCAAGAUUUCAGGACAUCAAUGUACCACAACUGCUUUGCUGCUAUUAAUUUUUCUAAGCUAGAAGAAGAAAUAGUUGCUGAAAGCAAAGUUAUAUCGAAUCUUGAUCAAGCCAUAGAAACAGUUGAAAAAGCUGCAGAUAAUCGCGCCACUACAAAAGAGCUCAAAAAAGCUUCUUUACAGCUUAGUGUGAUCACAGGUCUAAAUGCAAAUGAUCUAAAGGAUGGAAUUACCUCCGGAAUUCCUAAUUCCAUUCUUUCAGCUUGUGGCCACUUGUACUUAAGUGUGGUAUAUCAGUUACAAAAGAAAGAACGGAUAGCAGCUAAGCAUCUUUUGCAGAUUUUCUGUGAUUCACCAUCUGCAGCUCGAUCCAUAUUGGUACCUGAGUUAUGGGAAACUGUAUUUCACCCUCAUUUAUCACAUCUAGAAGAGUGGUAUAACCAAGAAGUUGAAUCUUUAUCUGAUGACCCACAGAAUACAAGGAAGCUAAAGCAACUUAAGAAAGUGUAUAAUGAGAUUUUGGAUACGGGUACUUACCAAUUUGCAUUGUACUAUAAAGAUUGGCUCACAGAUGGUGUUGAUGCUCCCUCAAUUCCUUCCAUCCAUGCUCCAUCUGUUUCUGUUCAGGGGAUUCAGCAUGAGGAUAGCCCACCAUUUUCAUCACAGUCUAUGGUCAGCAAGAAGUUAUAUGAUUCUGUAUUUGGGCAGAUGAAUAAGCCAGUAACUGCUGAAGUGGAAGACUAUCAAUAUUCACAAAGAUCAGAUGAUGAUAUAUGUAGCUUUGAUGAGUCUGUAGUGGAAGAUAAAAGGACAUUGGCAUACCCUCUGGAAGAAGAUAUAUACAAAGAUUUAGAUGUUAAAGGGGAUGUGGUACCUUAUCAGGAUGUAAUAAUAGCAAAAGAAGAAGCUUUGGAGAGUACUAAAAUGUUGGAAUCACUUCCAGUUGCAAAAGUCAAUGAACUUACUCUCAAGAGGCUAGCAACAUAUGUUUUCGCACUGCAACAAUCCGAGAAAUCUGUUGAUUUAGAUGAUGCAAAAUAUCCUGAUUUUUCGCCAAUGAAAACAAGGCCAUAUGGUGAUGGAGGAGGGUGCUUUUACUUGAAUACCCCUGAGGAUUAUGUAUGCCCUUUAACUGGACUUCUUUUUGAAGAUCCUGUGACUAUAGAGACUGGUCAAACCUAUGAGCGUGAAGCUAUUGUACAAUGGUUUAAUAAAGGCAACACAACAUGUCCUGUAACUGGGAAAACUCUUGAAUCCCAUUUUGUUCCAUUCACAAACUUUAUCUUGAAGCGAGUGAUCGAUGGCUGGAAAUCAAAGCACUGUAGGGAGAUAUUAGAAUCUGCUUCUCAGCCCACAGGAAGCCAUGGGGAACAGAAGUAUAAAGCUGAAGCAACUGUUUUCAUAUUAGAGCAGCUUCUUACUGAUUUUGGCACAGAGGAAAAUACAGCAAAUGCCAAACAGUUACUUGCUCUCGGGGGUUUACAGUUUCUCAUUCAAAGAUUUGAGUAUGGAAAUUUGGAUGAGAAGACACGUGUAGCUGCAUUGCUGUCCCACUGUAUUAAAGUAGACCCUAGUUGCAGGAAUCAUGUGGCUAGACACAUUGAGAAGCAGUGUCUGCUUGAGUUGCUUCACUGUAAGGUAGUAAAAGCAAGAGCAAAUGCUGUGUUUCUGCUGUUUGAUCUCAUUUGUCUGAACAGGAGAAAAGAUGUCCAGUUUUUCUUAAAUGGCUUGCACAAGGAAGGUAUAGUGAGCUCGAUGCACAUUUUGCUACUCUUUCUUCAGAGCUGUUCACCAGAGCAAAAACCCGUGGUUGCUGUGCUCCUUUUACACCUGGACCUAAUGGUGGAUCAACAAGAGAAGUACAGUAUAUACAGAGAGGAAGCUGUUGAUACCAUUUCAUCUGCUAUGGAUGCCAGCCUUUGUAAUGAAAAGGUGCGAGAAGCUUGUUGCAAGGCACUCCUUAUCUUGGGAGGGCGAAUCUCUUUCUCUGGGAAGGUCAUGACAGAGGAUUGGAUCUUAAAGAAAGCUGGUUUCUUUGAUAGACCUGAUUCAGACGAUAAAAUCACAAUCAAAGACAAUGUAUUGAUGGAUACUGAGGAGGAAGAGGCUGUUGAAGACUGGUUAAUGAAAUUGUCGGAAUCUCUAAUUGGUGAUGGAAAGAAGUUGUUUUUGGAAUCGCUUUCUCAGGGUUUGAGUUGUGGACAUAGGGAGAUGAUGAAGGUGGGGUUGACAACGGUGGUGUGGUUAAGUUCUUCACUUGCUUCAUUUUUACUUGAUUCUGAAGCAAAAUCGUCUACCUUUUCGGUUCUUAUCACAAAACUGAAAGAAACCAUUGAAAAUAGUGAAUGGGUAGAGCACAAGGUUCUUGCUGCAGCGUCUCUGCUAAAUUUUAGCAAAAUCCCAGAUUGCAUGGAGGUAUUGAUGACAAUUGGCGAUGAGAUUGCAGCUCCUCUCAGAAACCUUUCAGAAGCAAGCUUUACUGCAAAACAAUUGUAUGCCUUGAUCUCUCACUCUCAGUCAGGAAGAUAGAUCUGGUUUAUGCACUUGACCUUUCUAAUUUUCUGCUUGAGAUCAUACCUCUAUCUACAGGCUACAGCCAUCCAUAUUUUUUUUUGCUGAUUUUAAUCUGUAAAUGUGUAUAUAGCUAAGCUGCUACGCUCUCUCCCUUUCUUUUUUUUUUUUGACUGGAUUCAUCUUGUUUCUACUCUACCAUUACUCUUUUAUGUGUACAUUUUUUAAGUUGCGUGCGACCUUUGUUUUCUUCCUAGUAAAAUAAUAAAUUAAGUAGCCAC